AUGGAUGGAUCAGACAGUGAGGGAUCUGCCUGUCACCGCAGCCCGUCCCUGGACAGUAAGGAAUACCCGCCUGCAGGCGGCACCUUCCGGCGUGGCAGCACUUUGUACCGGGCUCACUCCUCCUUCUAUGGGCUACACUCCAACCCAGGACCGAAAACCAGUCAGGCAGAGUACACCUCGUCAAAGGGCAGCAAAUAUGUGGUCUUUUACCUGGACCUCUCCUUUAUCUUUCUCCUAGAGCUGAAAAGGUGUAACGUGACACAGAACUGCUUACAGUGUCUCAAGUACCUCAUGUUCAUCUUCAACCUCCUGGUCUGGUUGGGUGGCUGUGCUGUCCUGGCCGUUGGGAUUUGGUUGGCUGUAACACAGGGAAACUUUGCCACCCUCUCCACAACCAUCCCCUUCCUAUCCGCUGCCAACCUGCUCAUUGGCACAGGCUCCGUGGUGAUGCUGCUCGGAUUUCUUGGAUGUGUUGGUGCAAUAAAAGAAAAUAAGUGUCUGCUAUUGUCUUUUUUCAUCUUGUUGCUCAUGAUCUUUCUGUUGGAGAUUAUUGGAGGAAUUAUCUUCUGUGUCUACAGGAGUCAGAUUGACACUUAUGCCCGAGAUGAUCUGAAGGAAGGUCUUUGGCUGUUUGAGACGGACGGAAACAUUGGCCUGACAAAUGCUUGGAGCAUCAUCCAGACUGAUUUUGGCUGCUGUGGAGUUUCGAACUACACCGACUGGUUUGAGGCCUUCAACAUGACGCAAGUGCCAGACUCCUGCUGCCAGGAAUACAGUGUGAGCUGCGGCCUCCACUCCCCAGACACAUGGUGGAAAGACGCCUGCUAUGAAAAGGUCAAGCUGUGGCUUCAGGACAACCUCAUCACCCUGGGGGUCUUCACCCUUUGCACAGCCCUGGUCCAGCUCCUGGGUAUGACCUUUGCCCUGACCAUGUACUGUAACCUGGUGAAGCCAGGUACCUACCACAGCUAG